UACUACUGAUGCCAAUGUAACCCGCCCACCUUGGAGUCUCGUAGCGCCGCUGCGCCAUUGGCUGGGACACUACCGGCCCGGCAAGGGCUCGGUCUGGCAGAUAUGGCGGAGGUCAGCCUGAGGUUGUUUCGGGGAAGAUCUUGGCAACGCAGUGUCAAAGGAGGUGUUCGUGGCAAAGGAUGUACUGGCUCCCUGGUGUGGUCCUGCACGUCCUGCAGAGGGAAUGCAGGCUAUCCCCCACAGGACCGUCAUAAGCUGCUAUUAAAGACGCUGUGGCCCUCAGGGGCCACCACAUCCAACUCUGUCUGGGUGUCCAGGGAGCCAGUGAUUAAGGUUAGGCAGUGGCUGCUCUUCUUCUCUGGGUGGUCCAGCUCUAGAGCCUUCUCUGACCAGAAAGGGGGUCGCCGCCACGGCCCUGGCAAUGAUAAUUCGGAAUUGGUGCACCCACUGUACAGGAGCCGUACUGCUUACUAUGACAUCCUGGAGGUGUCUGGGAAAGCCACGCAGGCCCAGAUCAAGUCCGCCUACUACAAGCAGUCUUUCCGCUUCCACCCAGACCGCAAUAGUGGGGACAAGGCCUCCUCCAGGCAGUUCGGGCUUGUGACCGAGGCGUACCAUGUACUGGGGAGCAUCAGCUUAAGGAAGAAAUACGACCGGGGAACACUAAGCUUAAAAGAUGUCCAGAUGGCCAAGAAGCCCAAUGGAAAAGGUGGUACCUCUACAUCUAAAGGGGCCACUGGCCAGAGAGAGGCAUCCAGCACCUCGACCAACACCAGCCCUACCACGCCCAUGUUCGAUUUUGAUGCUUUCUACCAGGCGCAUUAUGGGGAGCAGCUGGCGAGAGAGCAGUCCUGGAAGGCGAGACGGGAACAUAUGGAGAAAAUCAAGGAAGAGAAAAGAAUGUCACAGCGACAGAACCGAAUGAAUGAAUUUUCAGCAUUAGUAUUGUUCAUAACUGCCACCAUUUUGCUGGUGACCUGCAGAAGUUGAGCGUUGGCCUACUGCAUAGACUCACAGUGAAUGGAAGCUUUUUGAAAAUGGUUUAACAUAAUGACUGGCACUUUAAGUGAUUGUUAUACACCUCUUGUUUUAGGUCUUUUGCUCCAUCAUGAUUUGUAAAGUAACUACAGGUAUAUUUUAAGGAGAGAACGUUGAUGUUACUUGAAAACCUCAAUGCUUUAUAUGACAGACAUAACAGUGUACGCAGUCUCUGGCCAAAGUACAUAGGUGGAUCUGAUUAUAGUUCGGUCACAUCUCUCCUGACUGAACAGUCUCAGAAUUAUCACACUUUAGUGGUGAUGAAAAGUGAGAAGAUGGUGUGUGUGAAUUGUUUUCUCUGAGAGAAAUCUUAAAUCUUUGUGUCCAGGUGAUCUUUUAUAAACAUAUUACAUGUGCAACUUGAAACUGUUUGUCUGAGGGUGCGACACUGUGGAGAUGAAACUGGUGCCUUUCCCAUAUCCUUUAUCUUGGAAACAGGACAGCUGCACUUUAUUUUAAUAGAUUGGGUAAAUUAUAAAUAUAAAAAAUGUAUAAUACCGUGUGUAAGUCUAUACAUACAUAAAAGCGGUUAUGGAAGACUUA